AUUUAUCUAAGAAGGAAAUUUGACGUGAAAUAACGCGCCCCUCACAUAGCCACGUCGAAACCGUGUGCACCCCAGACCCCACCGCCUUCUUCUUCUUCUUCUUCUUCUUCUUCUUCAUCAUAAAUCGUACGGACCUACAAAAUUGAUUUCGAUUUUGAUUAUUGCUUUUGAUCGACUGAAAUUUUGCAGAGAGAGUAACCUAGAAAUUUUCUGCGCCAUGGGAAACGCUUACUGCGUGAUGUGCUCGUGCGUGGGCCAAGCCAGCGUCGGAGUGGUCGAGAGAUGGGGGCGGUUUGACCGCCUCGCUCAGCCGGGGCUCCACUUCUUCAACCCCCUCGCCGGAGAAUGCCUCGCCGGAUUCCUCUCAACCAGGAUCAACUCUCUCGACGUCAAAAUCGAGACUAAAACUAAGGACAAUGUCUUUGUUCAGCUGCAUUGUUCGAUCCAGUAUAGAGUCGUCAAGGAAAAUGCUGAUGAUGCUUUUUAUGAACUGCAAAAUCCUCGGGAGCAGAUUCAGUCUUACGUAUUUGAUGUGGUCCGAGCUCAUGUUCCUAAAAUGAAUUUGGAUGCGUUGUUCGAACAAAAGAGCGAUGUAGCUCAAGCUGUGUUGGAGGAACUUGAGAAGGUCAUGGGAGCUUAUGGAUACAACAUAGAGCACAUAUUAAUGGUUGACAUCAUUCCCGAUCCUUCCGUGCGAAAAGCAAUGAAUGAGAUAAAUGCAGCUCAAAGAAUGCAGCUGGCAAGUGUAUACAAAGGUGAAGCAGAGAAGAUUUUCAUGGUUAAGAAAGCAGAAGCAGAGGCAGAAGCCAAGUAUCUUGGUGGAGUUGGUGUUGCCAGACAGAGGCAGGCUAUUACAGACGGGCUUCGAGAGAAUAUCUUGAACUUCUCCCAUAAAGUCGAGGGCACCUCUGCAAAGGAAGUUAUGGACCUUAUUAUGAUCACCCAAUAUUUCGACACCAUCAAAGACCUCGGAAAUAGCUCAAAGAACACUACGGUUUUCAUACCACACGGCCCUGGUCAUGUUCGAGAUAUUGGCGAGCAGAUACGUAAUGGAAUGAUGGAAGCUUCCAGCGCACAGGUUAACCUCAUGGAAUAAUCGAAAAACUCGUUUUUUUAUUUUUUGUGUGAAUGUCUUCCACUUUCGGUGUUCUUUCUGUAUAGACUUUAAAGAGCGGCAAUGACUUUCAAGGAUUUUUAAGUUGGUAGUAAUAUUCGAGCUCUUAUUGAAUCUUCAAUGCUUAAUAUGUGAGAUGAUGGUUAAUAUUUUUCAGUUUUACAUAGGUGAUUUACAGUUUUAAUGAAAUAUACGACGUUAUUUGGUGGUUACAUUAAAUGAUGCAGGACCAUGUGGUAUGUAAUACUUGAUUGGGUCAAGAAUCAUUGUAUGUUUUUUCUCUUUAUUCAUGAAAUGGCCA